AUGGCAACAACGGACUCUAGACGAGAAACCAUUUACGAUGCGUGUCGCCGCGGUGAUGAGACCCGCGUGUUGAAUUAUGUGAAGAACGGCGGUUGUGUGACGGAGCGCGACGCCAACGGCAUGACAUUGUUGCACCACGCGGCCUUCUCCGGCGAUGUGUGUGUUGUCGCCGCCAUUCUCGCCGCGCGGCCGCUGCAGGCCGUUGAGGUGGACGCGGUGGACGGCGGCGGGUGGACGGCACUUCACUACGCGGCGGGGCGGGGGGCGGCGGACGUGGCGGCGUGUCUUCUCGACGACGGCGCGAAUGUGAACGCGCGGGACGAACUGCGGCGCACACCGCUGCACGUGGCGGCCGCUGCUGGGCAUUUGGAAGUUGUGCGGCGGCUGUUGGCGGCGGGGGCGAUGAUGGUAACGACGACAGUGGCGGGAACCACCGCGUUGGAGGCGGCGCGGGCAGGGGGAUGGGAGGAAGUGGUGCGUUUGCUGGAAGAGAAGAAGAGAGAGAGGGAGUGA